AUGGCCCCGGUCCAGCUGGAGGAGCGUUCGAUGUCGAGUAUACAUCGAUAUCAUGUCGAUCUGAACGCCGACAUGUUUGCGCAAAGUGCAGAGUAUCGCAGAGUGCAAGCCCUUCCCGGCCGAGCCAAGACGUGGGCUGCGAAGCGACGCUUCUGGAGUGCGCUCUUGCUGCUCUUCGCGGUGCUUUUGGGCCUCGAGCGCCGGCUGGGGCAGGGGAUUCAGGCUGUGCAGGUGAACGCCCAUGAGGCAACUGAGGUCUCAACAGAAGAGAGCCGGUCAUUUCUGAAGGUUGGAUCUGUGUACCAGAAUGACUACAUGACUCUCUGGAAUGCCAACGAGGUUGCGAUCUCAGCUACGCUUCGGAUGCAGGAUCUGAAGCAUUUUGAGCUGCGUAUCGACAACUUGGACUCCAAAGGAGGUGGCAGCGAUGGCUGGUUUACCGUGACUGGAUCUUUCCAGUUACAGCCAGUGAAAGAUGGCAAGCUUAAGAUAUUGCCUGACAAAUCGCGUGGUGGAAAGAGCGAUAUGGUGUUUCGCUUUGAUGAAAGCCUUCACGAUGGGGCCGCACUCUUCUUGUACCGGUGCUUGAAGCGUAUUGGCGGCCCCGGCAUCCUGAACUUCCUGCAGCUCGAGGUGGACACGUCCAAGGAUGCCGUUUUCGUUGCUCCGACUGCGCGACUCCUGCGGGCUCUUUGGGACCAGCCAGUGGUCCUGAGGCGCAGAGUGGUAUCACAUGGGCGCCAAAUGUGA